UUGGCAAAGUGACCCGAAUGCGAGUGUCAAUGGUAGGCUGCUUUUGCGAGUUUUUACUUACUGACUACUUCGUCAAAAGGAUUAGCUCUAGAAAACAUGGCUAAAGGGAUGUAAUGAGGAGAAGAAGAUGUAGCGAUAAAUCUGAGUACGGACUGGUCAGAGAAAAUAGGCACCGGCUCGAGCCUCAAGACGUCAUUGCAGAUUUUGGUAUUCCAGCGUUUUUGGCAUUUGUAAAUUUCUCCCUACUGCAAAUGGAGGCAAAUGCUGAUCAGAACAUCCACCUUCAAACAAAGCGAAAAAGCGAGCAAGAGAUGGAACCUCGGAUCAAAAAGCAGUAUAAAAAGCAGAUCAAGACAAUUGACAUCCAUUCUACCGACGAUCUUAACGAUGUUGAAUUCUACUUUGAAAAAGGCUUACGGAAAGUUCGACCGUAUUACUACAAAUACCAAGCUUUUGCAAAAGGCCGAUGGAUGGGGAGAAGUCUCCUGGAGGUAUUCUCAACAGAGUUCCGAGAUCAAACUCAAGUCUAUUAUGAAUAUGCUAUCAGCAAAGGUCUCAUAACCAUCAAUGGAGAAAAAUGUUCUCCUGACACAAUUAUCAAAAGCCAGGAUGUAAUAGGACAUCAGAUUCAUCGCCAUGAACCACCAGUAACGGAUCAAAAUAUCAAAAUUAUUGCACGCACGGAUGGAUACAUUGUCAUUGACAAACCUGGAAGUAUUCCAGUCCACCCAAGCGGGCGCUAUCGCCAUAACACUGUCAUACAUAUUUUGCAAAAGGAACAUCAAAUACCCAAAUUAUACCCGAUUAACAGAUUGGAUAGAUUGACGUCUGGAUUAAUGCUGAUAGCGACAAGUCCACAGAAAGCACAAGAAUUUGAACGACAAAUGUCUACAAGAACCAUCAGGAAAGAGUAUGUGUGCAAAGUCAUUGGAGAGUUCCCUGAAGGGCGCAUUGAAUGCAAUGAACCGAUCAAGACAGUCUCGUUCAAGUUAGGACUCAACUGUGUACAUGAAGACGGAAAGGAGUCCAGAACGGUUUUCGAACGACAAAGCUACAACGGGAAAACCAGCAUUGUACGAUGCUAUCCAUUUACGGGCCGAACACAUCAGAUCCGUGUUCAUUUACAAUACCUGGGCUAUCCAAUUGCUAAUGAUCCGCUAUAUUCCUCUCCCCUUGUUUGGGGCGACUUGCUUGGCAAAGGGAAGCACAAUCCUGACGAUAUCAAUGAUGUCGUCGAUAAAAUGACCAAAGCGUCUUCUUACGAUGAUGGCGAAUGGAAUUAUCCGGAAACCAAAAAGGAUGAGAAGUCUAAGGAUAUGAUUGCGUGCCCCGUGUGUAGCAUAUUGUCUCCACCCGACUUCACGCAAGAUGAGCUCUGCAUAUGGCUACAUGCUAUCAAGUACUCGACUGACGACUGGUCCUAUGAGACAGAUUAUCCUAGCUGGGCUAAGGAUGAUAUCUGAAAAGCAGACAGAAUAUACCUUUCUUCUUCUUUUUUUUGUAACAAAUUGGUUCAAUUUUUAUUCAACUCAUUUAGACCUA